AGGCCCUCAAUGUCAAUUUAGAGAUCGCUCCUCGAUCCAAGUAAGAUAAUUUUUCAGGUGUUAAUUCAUUGUUAUACUUUUAUGAUUAUACUGUGAUUUAUUCAGAAAUUUCAUCAAGUUAUUUUGUAUAAAAAAGAAUUGAAGGAAAAUGGGUGUACCAGCAUUUUUUCGUUGGUUGAGUCGAAAAUAUCCUUCUGUAAUUGUGGAAUGCAUCGAACAAAAGCAAAUAAGUACAGAUGGAGUAUGUGUCCCUGUGAAUUCUGCAGAUCCAAAUCCAAAUGGGAUAGAAUUUGAUAAUUUGUACCUUGAUAUGAAUGGCAUAAUACAUCCUUGUACACAUCCUGAGGAUAAGCCAGCUCCUAAAGACGAAGACGAAAUGAUGGAAGCUAUUUUCGAAUGUAUUGACAGAUUAUUUCGCAUUGUUAGACCAAGAAAGUUGCUUUACAUGGCAAUUGAUGGAGUUGCACCCAGAGCUAAAAUGAAUCAGCAAAGAUCUCGACGAUUUCGAGCAUCCAAAGAAACGACAGAGAAGAUCAAUGAAAUUGGCAGAAUACGUUCAGAAUUGGUUCUCAAAGGUGCCUCGUUGCCUCCGGAAAAACCAAAAGAAGAGCAUUUUGAUAGUAAUUGUAUCACGCCGGGCACACCAUUCAUGGCAAGAUUGUCAGCCUGUUUGCAUUACUAUAUCCACGAACGUUUAAAUAAUGACCCAGGGUGGAGGAAUAUUAAAGUAAUAUUAAGUGACGCUAACGUUCCAGGUGAAGGAGAACAUAAAAUUAUGGACUUUAUACGCCGACAGAGAUCACAACCUGACCAUGAUCCUAAUACGCAACACGUUUUGUGUGGAGCGGAUGCUGAUCUAAUUAUGUUAGGUCUUGCUACACACGAGCCUAAUUUUACUAUUAUUCGCGAAGAAUUUAAACCGAAUAAGCCAAAACCAUGCGAUAUAUGUGGUCAAUUAGGGCAUGAAAUGCGAGAGUGUACGGGUGCAGAACCAAACCAAAAACCAGAGGAAAGUAUAUAUGGAUCCGAAUGCCAAUUUAUAUUUGUACGAUUAAAUGUUCUCAGAGAAUAUUUAGAGAGAGAAUUGUACAUGCCAAACUUGCCAUUCAAGUAUGACUUUGAACGAGCUGUCGAUGAUUGGGUGUUCAUGUGUUUUUUCGUAGGAAACGAUUUUCUACCUCACCUCCCUUCUCUGGAGAUCAGAGAAGGCGCAAUUGACAGACUUGUUGCUUUAUAUAAAAAAGCAGUAUACAAAACAGGGGGUUUUUUGACUGAUAGCGGCGAUGUUAAUUUAGAUCGUGUACAAUUAAUAAUGUCAGAUCUUGGUGACGCAGAGGAUGAAAUUUUUAAGAAAAGGCAACAAAACGAACUGGCAUUCAGGCAACGUGAAAAGGAUAAAAAGCGGAGGCAUGAAAUAAUAAGUAAUUUUAAACCAAAGUGGAUUCCUACGGGACAAUUUGCACCAACUGCUCUUGGGCAAACAGUGAAACCCAUAGAAAAUCCACGUUACGAAGCUUACCAAAUGCGUGUGCAGGGCAGAAAUUACAAUACAAAUGCUGCUGAAAAUAAGAACGUUAAUCGUGCUUUGGAAAGCAUGUUAAGACCUGAGAAUGCGGGGAAUGCGGGGAAUACGGGACAAAAACGUAAAUUGGAAGAAGUCAAUGCGAAAGACGAGUCAGAUGAUGAGCAGUCACACGAUGAAGUACGACUUUGGGAAGAUGGUUUCAAAGAUCGAUAUUAUGAAUCGAAAUUUAAUGUAUCCACCGAUGAUCUUGUAUUUAGAAAUAACGUUGCUUUGCAAUACGUACGAGGUUUAUGCUGGGUGUUACGAUAUUAUUAUCAAGGUUGCGCAUCAUGGAGAUGGUACUUUCCAUAUCAUUACGCGCCAUUUGCGAGUGACUUCAUUAAUAUCGGUGGUCUUUCUACGGAAUUCGAAAAGGGCACUGUACCAUUUCGUCCAUUAGAACAAUUAAUGGGUGUAUUUCCUGCUGCUAGCAAGAAGCAUGUACCUGCGCCAUGGGCAGAAUUAAUGAUCGAUCCAACAUCUUCAAUUAUUGACUUUUAUCCAGAAGACUUCAAAAUCGACUUAAAUGGAAAAAAAUUUGCUUGGCAAGGCGUAGCUUUGCUUCCAUUUGUCGAUGAGAAAAGAUUAUUCAAAGCUUUAGCGCCACAUUACGAUAGCUUAACAGAAGCAGAAAAAAGGAGAAAUGUUCGUGGUGACGACAGGCUAUAUGUUGGUACAGGCAAUAGUGGUUACAAUUUUAUAAAAGGUCUUUAUACAAAUCAGAUAGGAUUUAAUGAAGAAGUUGAGAUAAGUAUAGACGGUAUGCGGGGCACUGUAGUUUUAUCAGAAGACUGCGUGACUGAAGGAGGAACAUUACCUUCACCUGUAAGAAGUUUACCAGUCAGGAAUAAUCAAAUAUGCUGUGUUAGCUACAAGGAUCCUAAAUACGGUUCUAAUCAUAUUUUUCCUGCUCGCAAAUUAAAAGGAGCUAAAGAGCCUCCACGAGUUUUAAAACCACAAGAUUUUGAAAUGAUGAAUCGCAAUAAUGGAAAUCAGUGGAAGCCGCAAAUUGGUUUCACUCGAUCUUCGCAAACCGCUUCGUUGGGACAAUCAGGGCAAAGAAUGCUCGAACACCACAUGAAUCAUAAUAGAUUAUCAGCAUAUGUGAACAUUCCACCACCAAUGAAUUUAUAUCAACAGUCAUUAUAUCAACAGUCUCAUGCACCAUCGGUGCCGUUGCUGCCUCCAAUUUCUCCGUGACGGUCUCAUGGAGGAUUCUCGAGAGCCCUCAUCGCCCUCUGGGCCAUCCAACCGAGCUCUGUCCGGCAGUCUCCAUGCCAACACCCGCUCGAUAAAUUUAUUGGUCGCCUCUGACACGACUGCUGCUGAAUUGUGUCUCUUCCGUGUUCGCAAGCGAACGUAGUUCGCAUACACAAAAGAUAAGCAUCAUUGAAUUAUGUUAUCUUCCAUUGCGUUUCAAUUUUUUCAUUUUCGGAUAGAGAUUAGACACAUCGAAUACUCUUCAAUUAUUUUCUUUGGCAUAACAUAAGAUAAUUCUUUAGUGCUUUCAUAAAUUUGUCAUUAAACUUGUCAUUAAAAACUGUCAUUUAUCAUUAAACGCUCAGAUAUUUGUUAAUAUCUCAUAUUAACAUAGAUAUCUUAAUAUUUUAUUAGAUGUGUGCAAGUCUUUUUUUUCGUGCACUUCUGCUUUUCGUGCAUGAUGUAUGGCAAUAUAGUCAUCAAAAUAUUUGUCCUCCAUAUUUGCUAUGACUUUCUGUCAUCUCUCAGGUGGCUUCAUCUCGAAAUUACAAAUUUUUUCGUAUCUCAGUCACACAUCUCGAAAGUGCUGUCCAGCUGCAUCGAUCGGAAUAAGUAGUACGAAGGCGCCAAGAGUGAGUGACGCCGAGAGAACUUCUCAGUCUAAGUUGAAAAUGAUUUGCUGAGUACGGAGAGUAACAUAUAGCUUUUAGUCGCUUAUUCAUUAUUAGUGUUCACUCACUAGUAAAACACUUUUUACAAGCUUAUGUUUAUUAUUAAAUCAUGACAUAUGAUAUGGUUUACAAAUUUCGACGCUAGCUUUUCAAACACGUAAAAAAGAAACAAGAAUUUAUUUUGAAAUAAAUUCAAUACAAUUUGAAAUAAUUAUACCAGAGUGCUGCAGAAAGGCUUGUACACAAUCCUGAUAUACAGGAUGUCCGGUAAAGUUUUAGCCAACGCUUGUAUAGAGGUAGGAUGGGUCGAGUUGAACGUGUCGCUGGUAUCUUUUCUUAAUAUUCUCUAAUAAAUCGCUAACGUGCCUAGAGUACUUAGAGUACUUUUUAUUGUCUCAGCGCGCGAGAUGCACUUUAAUUUAUACCUUGAUAAUUGAUUAAUAAUACUUUGGUAAAUGUUCAGAUUAGGGGCGACCUCACUGAUUUCAAUGUCCUUGAUGAAUGCCAGUAGUAAAUCGAUCGUUAAACGUAGACAGAAUCAGUUACAUAGAAACUAGCACGAAUGAGUGGCUGGCUUCUCUAUCUUUCUCUUUCAUACUGCUAUGAAACUCUCGUUUAGUCAUCGAUAUCGAAACGCAAUUGGAAAGCUCUGCUAAAUACUCACGAGCCGAUUGGAAAUCGGAGCUUUUCUGCACUUGAGUUUCGGUUUUACUGAUUCCCAAAGCUCAUCGAGGUAUAGAUUGAAUUGUUUCGAUAAACGGAUGAACGUUUAACAGAAUAUUUACGUUUUCGAAAACGUUGCUACUGUCGUCUAUCGAGAUAAACAUGCGUUAUGUCUACGACAAUAAUUCAGCUUAAUAUUAUUUCAAUAUUCAAUAUGUACCAUACUUUUAUAACCUAUUUUGCUUUUGCAAAAAAUAUUUAAUAUUUGAUAUUUGCAGCUAAAAAAGAAUACGUUGUUAUACUAACAACAGUUACGAUAUGUUAUUUAAGGCUUGAAGUUCGAUGAGGAGGAAAUGAAAAGGAAUCUUGCGAAGUGUUAAGAAUGCCAUGCCGAAAUGCUUUCGUUUCGUUAUGUCGACUGAUUAAGACGUUAAGAGAGAUGUCUCCUCGAAAACUUUCGUUACCUAACUAGAAAAUGAGAAAAUGAAAGUAAGAAAACGAAAAUGGGAGGAAAGAAGAAGAAUUUAAAUUGUUUAGUUGGUUUGUCUAUUUUCUGUGAAGAUGCAAACACUGGCAUGAAUAUUCGAACAUACAAAACGAUAAGAAAAGAAUGUUUGAGAAAGGAGAAAAUGAGAGGGAUGAUGCCAACGUAAGAUGAAACGAAUCGAACGCGAGAGAGGGUGCAACGGAGCACCAGACGAGCUGGCAGAAAGAGUGAUAAAGAGAUUACUGCCUGCCUAACUAAUUGGCUUCAUAGGGAAGACACUUUUUUAUAUUUCACGUACGCAUGCCGACAAUUUCAAAAGCGCGUCUUCAGCCUCGAGUCCCAUCAAUCCUCUUCCUCCUCCUCCUUCUCUUCUUCCCUCUCUUCUUCGUCAUCUUCUCUCGUUCCCCGCUUACAAGUAGUGGGCGGAACAAAGCUACCGGAAAUCGCCGAGUGGUUUCUCUGGUCCGCUGAUGGCGCCAUCUUAUACUGGAUGCACUGAGUUUUAAAGAGAGAAUAUGUGCGCACGAUACAUUGCAUUGUUUUUGCAAGUAUACGAAUAUAGAUUUUUUCUCUUCUUUCUUUCAUUUUUUGCCAUCUUUCCUUAGCUUUAAUAUUGCAUAUGGUUUGUGUCAUACAGAAAAUUAAGCAACGUUAUAAAAACAAAUGCUUUCUAUCUAAUAUAUAACAACUUCCACCUAUAAGUACCUUUAUUUACAAAAAAAAAUGGAAUAUUCUUAUGAAUCCUUAGAAAAUUAUGUUCCAUGUAAACAUUUACUACGUUAUUAAUAAUAAUUUACUACGUUAUUAAUUUACUAACUCAUUACACUACAUACAAUACAUAUUAAGAAAUGUGAUCUUUAUUAUUAAAAUAUUGAGGUGUUUGACGUAAAUAUAUCAUUCACAAACUCGAUAUAGAGAAAA